AUGCCAGCAUCCGGUGACCAGACUUUCAUGCGAGGCUUUUUCGCUUACCCAGGCCGUCAAAUUCAAUCCAGGUUUUUCGUGUCGCAAAGUAAUCUCGGACCCAAGCCACUCGUGUCUAUCCGUAUACGCAUCCAACCACGACUGGUGAUGCGGAUCGCAUCCUUUCCAAAUAUGGCGUACAAAUUUUCUUGGUACAGCCAGUGGACCCUUGUGGACACGUGCGAGUCAUGUCGUUAUGCUUGUAGGGCUAAGCUAGACUGCCUUGUUCAUGAUGAUUGCCAUCUCUACAUACUUGUCAGGGAUGUUGAGAACAACUACCGGGCUCGGGAGGUUUGCAACUCCCAUGCAAGGGGCGCAAAUCCAUACAUCCAAGCGGAUGACUUCCUUGGAAAUAAGACGUACGCGGGUUUAAAAUUCCCGAUCGUCGUGCCCAUUUCUUUGAUGCCAAGAUGCUUGAUGUGCAUCAGUGCGACCUUGACGACGAUCCACAGUGAGGACUCGAUCUUUGGACUAGAAGACACGGUCAUGGACAUAAAAACACCAGGUCCAGGCCUGAUAAUGACCACAAGGAUUAUCCUAAGGAAUUCGGCAAAAGGUUUCCGCAUAUCAUAUACUCAGGAAGAGACCCGAGAGCUAUGA